AUGUCAUCAAAGAAAAAAAAGAUAACAAGUGAAUGUGAAAAAUGCAAUUGUGUUGUUCUUGUUAAAGAUUUGGAUAAACAUUUAGAAAAUUGUGACAAAUUAUCCCAGGAUAAUAUUUCUCAAACACCCAAAAAAUCACCAUCAGAAGAUGAAAAAGAAAUACCAAUAUUAAAAUUUAAUUGUUAUUUAUAUGGUUAUAAUGUGAAAAUUAACAAAAAAAACGAAGAUUUGCCACCAGAAUUUUAUGGAUGGUAUAAGAAGCAUGCAAUUUUAUUAAACAAGGAAACAAUGAAUUUUCUUGGUAUUUUCCCUAGACAGGCACUUUCUUUACUACUACCAAAUGGUGAGUAUAUAAUAGGAUAUGCCUGGCCAUGGAAAGAAGUUCCAUUACUAAAAAUAUCUACUUCUUUAAUAAAAAAUGAUGAAUUUGUUAAAGUUUUUGUUAUGAAUGAGAUAAGGAAAUUAGAUUCAAUUGUCUUUGAUGUUAUUUCAGAAAAAAAAGAAUUGUUUAAAAGUAAAGCUUUUCUUAAUUAUAUUCGCGUUUACUUUUCUAUGGCUUUCUUAUCUCCAUAUAGUAAUAUUGAAGUCAAUUAUUUAGGACAAAAAAUUAUUCUAAAAAUGAGGAAGAAUUUGAUUGAUAGUUUUAAUUCAGUUAAUUUUAAUGAAGUAGUUUGUAAAAUUAAUGAAGUUUAUACUUUGAAUGACAAAUGUUUAAUAACAAUUGAAGGUAACAUUGAUGAAAUAGUAGAUAAAGAAUUGGAUUCAUUUGAAAAAAACAAUAAAAGAGAUGGAAUGGAUAGACUAGGUGGUAUGGUAAAAGCUAAAAAAGAUAUUUAUAAUUUUAUUUUAAAACCAUUGGAAAAUGGAAAACAAGUGAGUUCUGUAAUUAUUCAUGGAAUUACAGGUACAGGUAAAAGUUUACUGUUAAAAAUAUUAAACAAUAUUAUGGGAACAAGAAGUGUUUUUAUUGGAACAUCAAAAGAGUUUACAGGAAAUUUUUCUUUGUUAACAGAUAAGAAUUCAAUUGUUUUAAUUGAUAAUUUUGAUUCUUGGAUGCAGAAUGAUUCAAAUAAAACAACUUGUAAUCUUAUAACUGAAUAUCUUGAUAAUAAAACACAUGGAGCAAUUAUAAUUGCCUUACGUGAUAUAGAUUCUUUGGAUCUUCACAUAAGACGUAGAUUUUCCCUUGAAAUUGAAAUGCCAGUCCCAACUUUUGAUGAGAGAAAAGAUAUAAUGGAUGUUCUUUUAAAUUCAAAAGAAAAAGAGUUUGUUGAUGUUAAUGAAUUUGCCCAUCAAACACAUGGAUUUACAGGUUCUGAUUUAAUGGCUGUUUGUGAAAUGUCUAGGCAAAAUAAUUCUGAAAGUAGUGAGGAAUUCCUUGAAUUUAUAAAAAGAGUCAGACCUACUGGUAUAAGGCAAUUUAUCUUUGAAGUUCCAAAUGUUUCAUGGGAUGAUAUUGGUGGAAAUGAACAAUUAAAAGAAGAAAUUCAACAAGCAGUUAUAUGGCCACAAAAACAUGCAGAUGCUUUUACUAGAUUUGGUGUUGAUCCACCAUCAGGAAUAUUAUUAUAUGGUCCCCCAGGAUGCUCAAAAACAUUAAUUGCUAGAGCUUUAGCAUCUCAAUCAAGAUUAAACUUUUUAUCAGUCAAAGGUCCCGAAUUAUUUUCUAAAUAUGUUGGUGAAUCAGAAAAGGCCGUUCGUGAUUUAUUUCAUCGAGCACGCCAAGUUGCACCAACAAUACUAUUUUUUGAUGAAAUCGAUGCUGUUGGUGGAAAAAGAGGUGUUGAUAAAUCUUCCCCAGUCGGAGAUCGUGUUUUAGCUCAAUUAUUAACAGAAUUAGAUGGUUUAGAAAAGAAAAGUCGUGUUGUAGUAUUAGCAGCAACAAACAGACCAGAUACCAUUGAUAGUGCUCUAUUAAGACCCGGUAGACUUGAUAGAAGUAUUUAUGUACCAUUACCAGAUUUUAAUACAAGAGAGCAAAUUAUUAAACUUCGUUUAAAUCGUAUGCAAUUAGGAGAAGAUGUAAAUAUACAUAAUUUAUCUACCCUAACAGAAGGUUAUAGUGGGGCAGAAAUUGUUGCUUUCUGUCAAGUUGCUGCAUUAAAAGCUAUGCGUGAAAAUUUAAACUCAGGUAUUGUGGAACAAAAACAUUUUGAUGCUAGUAUAAAAGAAGUUAUUCCACGAACUGAUAAAGAAUUACUUAAAUGUUAUCAGUCAUUUCUUAAAGGAGAUUAUUAG